AUGUAUACAAUGGAAUUAAAAAGUUUAAUCGAAAUGCAUCCACAGACAAAUGGUACUGUUGAGAGGUUUAAGAGAACAUUUAUCAGCAUGUUAAGAAAAUAUAUCCAAGGAAAAACAACGAAAUGGGAUGAAUUCGUUGAUCAAGCUCUAUUUGCAUGCCGGGUACGUGUUCAUCAGUCAACAGGUAGAACACCGUUCUUUAUGGUGUAUGGUGUUGAACCUAAGAUUCCUGGAGAUGAAUUAACGCCAAUACUUGAUGAUCGUGGAAAUACAACGAUUAAUACAACUAGCCGUCUGAACCAACUACAUAAUUUAGCGGUCGAACGGGAACGAGUCACAACAAAAUUGAAAGAAAAUGCUAUCAAGAUGAAGAUUCAGUAUGAUAAACAUGUGAAACACACUAAUCAGUUAAAAACAAAUGAUUGGGUGCUUGUAAAGCAUGAACAGAGGAAGAAGAUGCAUCCGUAUUGGUUAGGACCAUUCAAAAUAAGAAAAGUAUUUUCUCUAGGAACUUUUCAGCUUGAGGACGUCAGCGGACAGAUAAAACCAGAUUUAGUCCACCGAAAUAGACUAAAACUAGCAUUGCACGCUACCACACCAGAAACUCGAUGGUAUAAACCAACGCGUCGAACAUAA